AUGUCGAUGGAUCUGGACGCUCCGGUGUCCAUGCAACCGGUCGAGUUUCACCCUCAACAGCAAGCUGCGACGAUUCUUUGCUGCAACUGCGGUGCCCCUAUAGAUGGAACAACUGCUGCCGGCGCGCUAUGCGAAGACUGUAUUAAACUCACGGUUGACAUUUCAGAAGGCGUUCAACGUGAAGCCACCUUACAUUGCUGCAAGGACUGUGAACGCUGGCUGCAACCUCCCACCCAGUGGAUCAGUGCAGCCCUAGAAUCUCGAGAACUACUUGCGCUAUGUUUGCGUAAGCUGAGAGGCCUUUCUAAGGUCCGAAUCAUCGAUGCUGGAUUCAUUUGGACCGAACCGCACUCAAAACGACUUAAGGUGAAGAUCACCAUUCAGCAGGAAGCAUUCCAGGGCACAAUAUUGCAGCAAGCGUUUGAAGUUGAAUAUGUGGUUGCUUCCCAGCAGUGUGCCGAAUGCGCUAAAUCCUACACUGUCAAUACAUGGCGUGCAUCUGUCCAAGUCAGGCAAAAAGUCCCUCAUAAGCGCACUUUCCUCUAUCUCGAACAGCUCAUCCUCAAGCACGGAGCUCACAAGGAUACGAUAAAUAUAAAGGAAGUGAAAGAUGGUCUGGACUUCUAUUUUUCUGCCAGGAACCAUGCUGAAAAGAUGGUUGAUUUCCUCGCAUCCGUUGCUCCGAUAAGAGUUAAGAAGUCACAGCAGCUGAUUUCCAUGGAUGUCCAUACCUCCUCAAAGUCCUAUAAGAUCACAUUCUCUGCCGAAUUAAUACCAAUAUGCAAGGACGACCUUGUUGCACUGCCCAUAAAACUUGCUCGAUCCCUUGGAAAUAUAUCUCCACUCACCCUUUGCUAUAGAGUUGGCACAUCUAUCAACGUGCUGGAUCCCGCAACUCUUCAAACUGCCGAUAUACCUGCUCCAAUUUAUUGGAGGUCCCCCUUUGCAAACCUAGCGGAUGUCCAAGAGCUUGUCGAAUACGUUGUUAUGGAUAUAGAGGCCAUUGGCCAAUCUAGCGGUCGGUAUCACCUUGCUGAAGCAACUGUCGCUAGGUCUUCCGACUUGGGGGUGAAUGACACGACAUAUUUUGCCCGAACACAUCUAGGUGGUAUUCUCCAUCCUGGAGAUACCGUCAUGGGCUACCACCUAACUGGAACCAACUUCAACAACACCAACUUUGAGGAGAUAGAAGCGAGCCAUACCUACGGUUCCACAAUUCCUGAUGUGAUCUUAGUCAAGAAACAUUAUCCAAGGAAGAGGAAGAACAAGAAGCGCAACUGGCGCCUCAAGCGUUUGGAUAGGGAAGAGGAAGAUGAGCGGCCUUCCAAGAAACAAAGCAACAACAAUAGACUGGAAGACGACUUUGAAAUGUUCUUGCGCGACGUUGAAGAGGACGCCGAGCUGCGAAGCACCUUGGCACUUUACAAAGCAAAACAUAGCCAGAAACCGAAGAAUGUCGAGGUUGAUGCUAUGGAGAUGGUGGAAGAGGAAGACGAGCAGGAAGAUGACGAAGUCCCUGAGAUCAAUGUGGACGAGCUGCUAGAAGAUUUCGAGGAGCUUAAUGUGGACGAGUAA